AUCAUUCAUAAGUAUAAAAUAUUUUUUGGGAAUUUUCUAUUGUAAAAGAUUCCUAUGAGUUUAACUUGUAAUAUUCGUAAUUUAGCUGGUCAAGUUAAGAAUAAAUUAGUUGGUGAACGUAGACGAUCAUCAAGUUCACAUGAAUCAAAUACUUCUGAAGAAACUGCUAGUAAACAUCGUAGACAUAUUAGCAUUCAGUCGGAGCAACAACAAAAACAACAACAACAAAAUCGAACAGCCACAACAAUCACAACAGUAUCAUCACAAAAACAAAGAACACAUCAACAAAACACUACACUACACACCAAUAAUGAUAAUAAUAAUACUAAUAGUAAUAUAACUAACAGAUCAGUGCAACUAGAAUCGAAUAAUGCGACUGAUAAACAAUUACAUAAACCACAAUGUCAAUUAGUAAAAUCAACUUGUCAUUGUCAAGUUAGUUGUACAAGUUCAAAUCAAACAAAUUGUACCAUAUCAAAUAAUAAUAACAAUAGUACUAAUAACAUCCAAUCUACAUCUCAUUUAUCAUGUAUGCAUAAAACACAAAAUCUACCGACUCAGAAACUAUGUAAACAAAUCAAUCCUACUAUGCUUAUUCCAUCGACUAUUUUACGUGAACAAUUACAAAAUAAUUAUUCAGAAAAUGAGUUGGAUAGUAAUAAUAAUAAUAGUAAUAAUAACACAACACAACAUCAUCUUUGCAGUCAAAAUCCUCGAUGUCAUCAACAGCAUCAUUCUAAACAGCGUGUAGUAUGUGUUUCAAGUAGUGAACAACAUUCAAAGCAUGAUAUAAAUCGUAAUGAAUCGCAACAAAACAUUAAAGUCUCACCCAAAUCUUCUCAUAUCAAUAAUCAAGCAUGUGACCAGCAUAAAGUAACUACUGGCAAAGAAAAUACAAACAACCCGACCAUUGCUAUUAGUACUGUGGCAUCAACUUCUAAUCAUAAUCAUAAAAUGUUUAGUUCUCAUCAAAAUUCUGACAUGAAUUUAUAUCGAGCCACCACUGAUUAUCCAUUAAUCAAUAAAUGUCAACAACCACAACAACACGGGUCGACAUAUUUCAUUCCAAUAGUACCAGAUCUAUCUAUUCCACAGGAUGAAACACGUUCAGGUAGUUUAGGCAGUGCAUAUCCUACUCAUUGUAUGCCUUAUCAUUUUGGACAUAGUAAAUAUGCUUUAUUUCAUGGACACAAUCAUCAUCAUCAUCAUCAUCACCAACAUCAACAUCAACAUCAACUACUUCAUCGUCAUUCUCAUAAACAUAAUCAUGUUAAUAUUAAUAUCAUUGAAAAUAAUAAUAACAAUAAUAUAAAAUCUAUUCAUAGCAAUGAAUAUAAUCCAAGAUUAACCAUGAGCUAUUCGGAACUAUUAAAUUCAUUAGUACCACAACAUUGUCAAAGUCAAUUUAAAUUAUGUGGAGUUGAUGUCAGCAAUAAUAAUAAUAAUAAUAAUAAUAAUAAUAAUAAUAGUAAUGCUACUGAAGUUGCUAAUAAUGUUACCAAUGAAAGAUUAGAUCAUUUAACUAAAUCGCAAACUAUAAAUUCCAACCCUUCGAAUAAUCCAUGUCAGAGAACAUUGAAUAUCAGUCAACAAUUUGAUAUUGAUCAUAAUCAAAUUAAUACUAAUAAUAAUAAUAAUAACGAGAAUAAUAAUAAUAGUAAUAAUAAUAACACCGAUGAUAUUUCAUGUAAUCCACAAGUAGUAUUAAUAAAUAAUACUGAAAUUACUGACACUGAUGAUAUAAGUCAAUCGAAUUCUUUGCCAAUACCAAUACAACCAAUCAUAAAACAUAAUCCAAUAUCAUUAAUAAAAGAACAAAUUAUCAAUCAAAUAGAAUUGAAUCCACCUGUUCUACCUACACGUACAAGUUCAUUAAUUAUGAAUAAUAAAAAAUGUCCAUCUAAUCGAAUCAAUAAAACAACGAACAUAAAUUUGCCAUCAAUUUUAACACCUUGUCCUUCUUCUUCUCCUCCAUCAGCAUCAUCACCGUCAUCAUCAUCCAAUAAUCAUCAUAAUCAAAAUUAUUUUAUGCAAAAAAGUAUGAUUGAUUAUUCGAACAAUUUUGAUUUGAAUUAUACGACACAUUUUACUAUGAAUAAUUUAAGUCAAUCACAACAUUUAAAUUUAACACAAACUAAUCAUUUACAUCAUAAUCCUAAUAAAUUGUCAUCAAAACGUAGCAUAACCAAUGAUCGAUGCUAUGAAAAUACAUCUGGUUCAAUGACAGUCAAUGGAUCCAUUGAAACAUUAUCCAGUAAUGAAUUAAUGAUUAAAUCCUAUUCACAACAAUCACCAUUACCAUCUCAUCAUGAUGAAUUAUUAUUAUUAUCAUCAUCAUCAUCAUCAAUGCUACGACCAACAACCUCUUCAUCUUCAUCCUCUCCAGAUGGUCAUCAUCGUAAUGACCCAAUCAAUACGCAUCAAUCCAUUGAACGAUCAUCAACUAUCACGUUAACAACUGAUUCAUCAAAUGAGAAACAAGUAAAUUCUGCAAAUCACUCACAAACUACUUGUAAUAAAUCAUUGAUUUCUGAUCAUAUUCCAUUAAGUCCAUCCUGUGGUGCAUUAGAACAAUUUAUGCCAACAAAUCAUGCUUCUCGACUAUUAGGUCGUAUGUCUGAUAAACUACGUGAUGGUCGAUUAGCUGAUGUGAUUUUAAUUGCUGGUGGAAAAUUCAAUGCCAAUAAUAAUAAUAAUAAUAAUAAUAAUUCAACCACAUCAACCAAUACAAAAUGUUCAAAUGUAAGUAUGGUGGAUUCAAUGUUGGCAUUAAAUAACACUGAUAAAUCUGAUUUAACUAAUGAUGAAUUCAUUAUUCGCAUACCUGCACAUCGUGUUAUAUUAGCAGCAGCAAGUGAUUAUUUCGCUGCAAUGUUUGGUAAUGAAUUAAAAGAAGCUACGGAACAAGAAAUAUGGAUUCAUGAUGUUGAACCGAAUGCAUUGAAAACAUUGAUCAAUUAUAUUUAUACAGGUUAUCUAGAUUUACGUGAAGAAACUGUAGGCGAUUUGCUGGCGGCAGCUUGUUUUCUACAAAUCACUGAAGCAUCAGAAGCAUGUGAACGAUUUUUAACUGAACAUUUAGAUGCAACAAAUUGUUUAAGUAUGUCACGUUUAAGUGAACAAUAUGGAUGUGAAUUAUUGAGAAAAUGUUCUACAAAAUUUGUACUAGAACACUUUUCAGAUGUUGCUCAACAACCUGAUUUUCUAAAUCUGAGUUUUAAAGAACUCGUGGCAUUAGUUUCAUCUGAUCGUUUAAAAGUAUCCAAUGAAGCUACAGUCUUUGCUGCAUGUUUACGAUGGAUCAGAAAUGCUAAACAGAAGGAAUGCAAGACAGAAACUUAUGGAAGCGAACCAUUAUUGGUUAGCUUACUAAAGCAUAUACGAUUGACGCAACUACCUCCACGGCUUUUGAUUGAUGUUUUAGAAAAAGAAACACUAUUUCAAGAAGAUUUUCAAGCUAUUCGUUUAAUCAUAUCUGCUCUGCGUGUACAUUUCUCUUCGGAAUCAUUUUAUUCACAAAUUCAUAAAACUCAAACAAGAACUAAUUUAGACUGUUGCCUUAAAAAUACUACAUCAAUAAACAAUACUAAUGAUAUUACUAGUAUUAAUCAUAAUAGUAAUAAUAAUUUAUUCAAUACAAAAACGUCGUCAUUAACAACGACUGAUACUCAACAAAAGUCUGGAGAAACUACUAGUAAUACUAGAAAUGAUAAUAGCAGCAGCAGUAAUAGCAGUAGUAGUCGAACUCACUAUUAUAAUCGAUAUCAUCAUCAUCAUUCAGAUCAAUUGUAUCCAUCACCACAAAUCAAUAAUAGAAUAUCUGAUCAUCAAGCUGUAAUAAAUUGUCCGGAAAAUUUUAAUCAAAUCACUAAACCAAGACCAUCAACAAUUGGUCGUUUAUGGGCAUUAGGAGGUAAAACAAUGACAACAACACGUGCAUUACAAGAAAUACUUGAAUAUGAUCCAUAUUGGAAUACUUGGCGUACCAUUGGUCAAUUACCAGGUCAAAGACAACAAUGUGGUUGUACUAUAUUAAUAGAUGGACGAUUAUUAGUUGUUGGAGGUCGAGAUGAAUUGAAAACUUUAAGUACUGUUGAAUGUAUCAAUAUUGAAGAAUUAUCUCAACCGAAUGAAUGUACAACAGAUUAUGGGAAAAAAGAAACAUCGUCAAAAUCUAGAACAAUUAGAAAUCGUCCAAGACAGAAUAGUGCAGAUCGCAGUGAAAUUGACGCUAAUCAAGUUGAAUUAUGCAUUGAAUCGUCUAACACUACUCUUACUCCUACUACAGCAACAGUAAUGCUAAGAUCAGAACAACAAGAACAAUGUAAUUCACGCAACUGCACUACAUCAUCGACCAAUAAAGAAAUACAAAGUAAAGAAGAAUAUGGUAGUUGGAAAAUUGUUUCAGCAAUGGCAACACAUCGGCAUGGUCUAGGUGUAGCUGUUUUGGAAGGUGUUGUCUAUGCAGUUGGUGGACAUGAUGGAUGGUCUUAUUUAAAUACUGUGGAACGAUGGAAUGGUAAAGCUAAAGCUUGGUCACCUGUAACUCCAAUGGCUGUACAACGUAGCACAGUUGGUGUUGCUGUUUUAGAAGGAUUAUUAUAUGCUGUUGGUGGUCGCGAUGGAAGCGCUUGUCUACGGACAGUUGAGAGAUUCAAUCCACAUACACAACACUGGUGUUUUAUUGCCCCUAUGUUACAUCGUCGUGGUGGAGUUGGAGUAGGAGCUAUUGGUGGACGCUUGUAUGCAGUUGGCGGUCAUAAUGCUCCGCCAAAUCAGCCUCAUGCAUUACGAACAGCUAGUGUUGAAAUGUAUGAACCACGUACUGAUAUGUGGACGGAAGUGUGUGCCUUAUCAUCUCCAAGAGAUUCGAUUGCUGUGGCUCCACUCGGUUACAAACUCUAUGCUUUAGGUGGACAUGAUGGACAAGCUUAUACAGAUCGUGUGGAAGUAUAUGAUCCAGAAGAGAACAAAUGGACGGAAGUAGCUCCACUGCCAAGUGGACGAGCAGGAAUCGCUGUAGCAGCUAGUGGAUCAGGUGUGACUGAUCCGAAUUUCAGCAUGAAAUUAUCCUCCUAUCAUAAAAUAGAUCCACUUAUUUAAUCAAUUAAGACCACAUCUUUAAUAGAAAACCUAAUGAAACACAAUUCGGUUAAACAAAACACCGAAAUAUUUAAAAUGUUUGUAUAUUUUAAUCAUUCGUUUCAUUCAAUUUAAUUGACUCAUUUAACUGCUGAUUUUUUUUAAAAAAAGUAAUAAAAACCAGAAUAUCAUUGUCGAA